AUGGUCGGGCACGACCCCUACGGCAGCCCCUCGGCUAUCGGGGCCAGGACGACGCGACCGCAGGACCUGAAAUGGGUUGCCGACCCCAAUAACGCCCGUUCGUACGAGGAGAUGAAGCAGGCGGCGAGCACGGUGGAGAGCCAGGUGAACCAGCUCAAGCUGGUCGUCCACAAGGCAUUGGGAGGCGGCGACUUCGACGCGGCGCUGAAGGCCAGGAAAGAGCUCGAGGGCGAGUGGUGGGACACCAAGGAGCAGAUGGAGAGCCACAAGAUCGUGAGCUACCAGCAGGCUGACGUCUACAUCAAGCGCGCGGCGUCGCGCAUGUCCACGCACCGCAAGUGGUACGCCACCCAGAACAAGCGCGCGAACAAGACGAUCGAAGACGCCCUCGAGGAGCUCCGCCUCGCCUCCCUCGUCCUCCAGCAGAAGCAGACGGAGGAGGAGCAAUCCGCGGAGCAGUUGGCCAAGGCGUCGGCGGAGUUGACCAAGUCGGUCCGAGCGGAAGCCGCCGCCGUUCAGCGCCUGCGCGCCGACCUCGACCCCAUCGUCGCCGCCGUCACGUCAGACAUGGAGCGGCUACGGACAGACCUCACGCGCUGGUCCUCUGCGCGCGCGGGUAAGACGCACGUGGUCGCAACCGUCGAGCAGAGGAUCGACGCGCCGGUGGCUACGCCAGUGCGGGACGGUCCGCCGCCGCCGAUCGUCCCGGCGUCCCCGGCGCCCCACGUCGCGGCCGCCGGCGUUCCCCACUCGGGCCCCAGUGUCGAGCCUCAGGUCAUCGUCAAGGAGGUGGUCAAGUACGUCGACAGGAUCGUGGAGCGCGAGGUUCCCGUUGAAUCUGCGCGUUCCAUCGAUUCCGCCGCCGACGUCGAGCGACGGCGACUGGCCGACGACCUUCGAAGGGUCACCGCGCGGUGCGCCGCCCUCGACGACGAAUGCGCCGAUGUUCGCGCCGCGCACAGACGCGACGCCGCCAAGCUCGCCGAGCAGAUUGAGUCUUUGCGCGACGCGCUCUCGAGAGAAUCGGCGUCGACUUCGGUGCUCAAGGCGGAGGCUGAGAAGUGGCGCGCCAUGUACGACGCCGUGAGGGACGACGCGUCCAACGACUCGCAGGCCAGGGCGGAGGCGGACGCGCUGCGCAUGUCGGUUCAGCACGCGGAGGACCGGCACAGGCGCGAGCUCAUGCUGCUGGGAACGGAGCACGGCAAUGCGUACGCCGCGCUGAGAAAAUCAGUCGCCGCCGCCGAGAAGCGCUGCGCGGAUCUGGAGUCUCAGGUGGAGGCGGCGGAGAAGCGGUGCGGGACGGAGGAGAAGCGGAGGCGGGAGGCGGACGAUAAGCGCGCGGAGCUCGAGCGCCAGCUGCGGCUGCUGCAGGCGGACACCCGGACCAACGCGGAUAGGGCGAUGAGCAGCGCGAGGGAUCUGAUGGACCAGCUCUCCUCAGCGGACGCGAGGAUCCGAGUGCUGCAGGAGCAGAAGGAGGAACUUGCCAAGAAACUGGCCGAGAUGGAGGAGACCAACACCAAGCUGCUGGGUCAGAACAGCGGCAGCGACUGGAGGCUCAUCGCCGCCGAGGCGAAGCUCAAGCAAACUGCGGAUCACCUCGCGUCGGAGCAGCAGGAGACUGCGCGACUCAACGCGGAGAUUGAUAAGCUCACCGAGCAGGUGCGACUGGCGAGGGACACCGCGAGGGCGUCGGCGACGAACGACCUACCGGGCGUCAUCGCGGGUCUGGAAGCAGAGAUUGCGACGCUCCAGAAGAAGCACAAGCUCGCGCUCGACCAGGAGAAGGAACUCGCCGCGGCUGAGGCUGAGCGCGUGAAGCUGCUGCACGAGGCUGAGGUGAGGAAGCUGACGUCGCUGCAGGAAGCCGAGCAGCUCCGCUUGACUGAGCUGGACAGACGCACGGCUGAGCUGCUCGCGACUGAAAAGGAGAUUCGCGCCUCCACCGAGGAGGAGGCCAAACGACUUCGAGCGGACAAGGAGGCUCUCCGCGAGGAGCUCUCGCAGAUCAAGGAUGACUUGCGCGGCGCCAAGGCUGAUUUGACGUCCCUCGAGAAGGCUCUGAGGGAUUCCGUGGAACAGACCAACGAGCUUCGCGAAAAAAACGAAGAGCUUCGCGCGCAAAAGGCGAAGGUUCAGGAACGCGUCGUCGAGGUGCCCGGCCCCGAACGGAUCGUCACCAAGGAAGUCAUCAAGGAGAUCGAGGUGCCCGGCCCCGAACGGGUCGUCACCAAGGAAGUCAUCAAGGAGGUUCCCGUCCCCGGCCCCGAACGAAUCGUCACCAAGGAGAUCAUCAAGGAAGUCGAGGUGCCCGGCCCGGAACGGAUCGUCACCAAGGAGAUCAUCAAGGAGGUUCCCGUGGAGGGCCCCGAGCGCGUCGUCACCAAGGAGAUCAUCGUCGAAGUUCCCACGCCGACGGCGACGCCGCCCGCGUCCCCGGCGCCCAAGACCGCCGCGCCCGCCCCCGCGUCGCCCGACCCCGCGCUCGUCAAGCAGAUCGAGGCGCAGGCGACGAAGAUCGGCCGCCUCGAGGCUGAACUCGCCGCCGCGGAGGACGCCAAGAGAGCCACGGAGGACGCCAAGAGAGCCGCGGAGGAGGAGAGGGCCAAGGCUCUCAAGGACGCCGAGCUGAGCAAGGCUGCGCUGGAGAGCGCGAAGGAAGCCGCGCUCGCGAAGGAGAAGGAGCGCGCCGACGCGGAGGCUGCGGAGAAGUCAAAGGCUCAGCAGCCGGUGGCGGAGGCGGCGUCCGCGGCGCCCGCGCUGGCCGUCAUGCACGCCAGCAGCCGGCCGCAGACGCCCAAGCAGCCCACCAGGCCGAGCACCCCCAAGCCCGGGCUGGACGACGAGCAGGUCGAGUACCUCCAGUACCAGUACAGCGCGGCGAGCGACAACCUCGCGGUGCUGGCGCUGCUCGUGCAGGAAGCCGCGGUGCAGCACCUGUGGGUGGACGGCCCGAGACGGGACAAGAAGCCGCUCAAGUUUGGCCAACCCCACGGCCCGAUGGCGAGGACCGCCGGGAGGUUCAUCGUCAACUUCAUCUACCCCAGGGCGUUCGUGUUUCUGUGGUGGGAGGUUGCCAUGUUCGUCGCCGCGGUUUGGUUUGCGUGCAUCCUCGGGUACGCGUAUUUUCACGGCGACGGAUUGGGCAACCACCCGGCGGUGCUGCUGUCGCCCUUCAUCCCGUCCAUCGCGGCGCUCACCGCCAGGACGUACAAGUACUGCAGGGUUGACCAGGAGACGUUCAGUCGGGACGCGCCCAGGUUCCUCAUCGACGCCCUGCACCUCGCGUGCUUUCCCCUCGGGUUCAUCUUGAUCUUCUGCAAGCUCUGGGACGAUCAGGGCGAUAUCCCGUGGUGGCUCGCCAUCUUCUUCCCGUGGCUGGCGAUGACCCGCAUCUUGGUGGAGACGAUGCACGACGUGGUGGUGAAGAUGCCGCUGACGGAGUUUGGGCAGCUCGGGUACGGCGCCGACGGCACCGCGUACGAGUACGCGUUUAGCGACCCGGGCAACGACGACUUGGACGUCGUCGAGGCUGUGGGCAAGUCCCCGAGCGCGGCCAGGGCUCUCGACAUGGACGUCGUCCCUCCCAUGCCCCCGCCGCCUCCUCCUCCUUAUCCCGACGCUACGCCGCAGCUCUCCGCGUCCGCGUCCGCGUUCACGCCCGGGGGUGGAAGCCGGGGGGGUAGCAGGCCGGGGAGCCGGGGCGGGGACUUUGGCUCGUUUCUGCGCACAUCCAGGUCCAACGGCCAGGAGCAGUUCACCGACAUCGGGGGACCGGGCGGGGGCGUCGCGGUGAGCGACGAGGGGGUUAGGAUGACGAACGUUCCGUCGCCGAGGGAGUACGCGGCGGGAGGUGACCAGCGAGUGUGA